UAUCGGCAAUGUAAACAGCUGAAAAGAUUUUAGAGAAGCUGAGUGUAACAAUAAUUUUUAUUUAUUUCAAUUUUUCCGAUUCUCUAUUGUCAACAAAUUGCUACUUGCAACCGGAGGUUCAGCCGCGCGAGGGAGCGUGGCUGACCGGAAGAAAAGGGAUCCCGCAGAAUAAAAUUAACACGAAUGCAAGGGGCGAUUGUAAUUAGUGGGGGCCACCAGCGAAUGGGAAGCAUUAACGCUAAUUUAAGGAACUGCGCUAUUUUUAAACCAACUGACAGCAACGACGCGUCAAUAUUUGAGGAUUCAGUGUGAAUAUAAAUCCGAAACGUAAGCAUUCAAACGAACAAAAGAUAUCGAAUACAAGUGAAAUUCUUACGGGGGACAUCGCCGAGGUAAGUAAAUAGGUCCAGUAAGUAAAUAGGCUUCAGGAAAGGAUGCCCCCGAGAAAGACGAAUGAGUAGCGUAAGAUAGCGUGCACUACGUGCCAAAUUGCGUUUCGCGAGUAUCGCGACGCCCGAAGUGCGCGAUAAUUGGUUCGCGUCUUUACGCCUGUUACAUAAAAGGGAGUGAUCGCGGUCGAUGUAGGGUCGAGCGUUGAUCCUGCGUGUGCUUCUGAGUCUCCACCAUCGCCGCGAUCACUCUGGCUGACGAUUGCUGGUAUUUCGAGCCUUAUUGCGCUGAUGAGCUAUCGGUCGUUGCAGACGACGCGGAGGACGAGCAGAGUAUCGAUAAUGUUGCCCUUUUCCGGAUUAAAGCCACGAACUUGAGUUAGAGCCAAAUCGUAUUGUUCGCUAUUGAUCGUCUCGACAUUCCAGUUUUUUUUUUUUAAUUUUUUCACGUUGGGUGUCAAGCGAUCGGAAUCUGACGGAUUUUCGUGGUUCCGCUGUCGUAAACUUAAGGUAGGUCGCAAGCUCGCAUUUUACAUCGGCUUCUUAGAGAUCAAACGACGGGACGGACUUAGCCAUUAGUGUUGUGAUUGGCGUGUUUCGGACGGUAGAAUUCAUUAGUAUUGCAUAUAUAUCGCGUCUUUAGGCGUUUUCUUAGCGCCUCUGGUCCCGGAUACUUAGCGCUUUUUUUUUUCGCGUACUCUUUCGUGUCUCUUUCGAAUUUUUUCGAACGUUCCUCUCGCACUUAUCUAGCGCUCUGGUCGCAGAUAAAUUGUACUUGGAAUUUUGGGUUCACGUUCGCAACUCACAGCACUAAUUCAAGAAAUUUACACGCACGUUGAAGCAUAUUAAGCGUACGUACGAGAUUCUACGUUUCGGUGUGUGCAAAUUUCUCGGACCAGUUCAGGUAAAAGCGGGAUGAAGCGAUUGAUACUGCUGGCUCUCGUGGUCGUCGUAGAGAUGCACCACGAGCCGUUUCAAGUGGUCUUCGAAUGGAAGACGUUCGACUUUCAGUGGCCGUCGGACGAGGAGCGGCGGCACGCCCUCGCACUCGGCGAUUACAUCGCGGAGAACAACUUCUUCACUACCGUGAAGUUUUGGAAGGACAGGAUGUACUUGGCGAUGCCGCGAUGGAAAGAUGGCACGCCGGUGACGCUCGGCGUCACCUCGGCGAAGCCGGUGAACGGUGUAACGGCACCUAAGCUGGAGCCCUUCCCCAGUUGGGCCAUGCAGAAGCUAGGCGACUGCUACGCGUUCCAGCUGGUCCACAGCAUGGAGAUUGAUCCGAAGGGGCGCAUGUGGGCACUCGACACCGGCCGACCGAAUUUCGGCAAUCUCUCCUUCGGCUGCCCUCCGCGUCUCGUCAUCCUCGAUCUCGAGAACGCCGGCGAGAUCCUGCGCACCUACGAGUUCCCCGAUCAUGUGGCUCGUCGCGGUGUCGCCUAUCUCAACGAUGUCGUUCUCGAUCAUGAGGACGGCAUGAUAGCGUACAUCACCGACAGCAGCGAGGAGGACUACGGCAUCAUCGUGUAUUCUCUAAAAAAUAACACCUCGUGGAAGAUACGUCACGAGUCGUCUAUGAUGCCGGAACCCGAGGCGGUUAGGUUUAGAGUAGGGAACGAGUACAUGACAUCGCCGGUGCCGGUGGAUGGUAUAGCACUUUCGCCAGCGAGUAGCAGCGACAGACAAGUCUACUACACGCCUUUGUCUUCCUUCCAUCUGUAUUCGAUCCCGGUGUCCGUUUUGAAGAACAACACCGCGAAUAUCGAUAGUUACGUGAGUAAUCUCGGACGGAGGGUGUCUCAGACGGACGGCAUGAUAAUAUCAGCCAAAAACGUACUUUACUUCGGCCUGUUGCCCGACAACGCCAUCUCCAGAUGGGACAUUAAAAAUUCACCGUCCUUCAUCACUGGUCAGUGUCUGACGUGGAAUCACAUAUUGGUACAAUGGCCGGACAGCUUCGCCUUCGACGAGAGCGGCAAUCUCUGGUGCGUCGUCAACAAACUGCUGAACUUCCAGAACAAUCACGUCGACGUCAAUUCGACCAACUACUAUCUCAUCAGGGCACACGAGGGUGUUAGAAGUUAUCAGUACUACGAGAACGGCACAGCGCCGGAAUUGCCAGACAUCACGAAUGAAUAAUAUAUUCAUUAUUAGUUAUCCGAGAAGAUAAUUUUAUAUUUGACAGCGAUACUUUCUUACAUAAAUGUCUUACAUAAAUGUCAUGUACGAAAUAAUAUUGAAUUGAUUAUUAUUAAUGAAAUAUAUGGGUAAUAGGUAACAAGUAUUCCUAUAAAUCAACAAGAAUUUAAAUAAUAAUGCUAAGUUAAC